AAGCAUAAACCUAGUAGAUAUCAAAUUAACUCUCGUCAUAAUUGUAGUAGAACUCGAAUUCGAAUUCGAAAAAUCUUAUUUCACAGGCUCUGUUCCUGGCCUGUUCAUACUAAUCAGUAAUCAACUCAUUUAUUAUUUAUACUACAAUUAAUUAACUUUGCCAAAAUCACGCCCAAGUUCCAGCCUCUGCUCUAGAUAACCUGAGAGAGAAUGGCAAAGUGUCGACGACCACCAUCGCUUCAUCAAUGGCCAAUCAUUAUACUAUGCUUCUUCUUCCUUUUUACUAUGAUCCAUGCAGCCAGUGUAAGGAGAUUAGUUCCAAUGAGUAAGCAAGAGUCAUCACCUCCAGUCAAGCUCCAUGUAACGGACACCCAUGUGGAGAUAGACAACGGCAUUGUUAAGCUAACAUUAAUGAACCCGUCCGGGUUGAUCACAAGCAUCGGAUACAAAGGGGUUGACAAUAUUCUCGAGUAUCGUAACGCAGAAGGCCGAAGAGGAUAUUGGGACAUUGUGUGGAGCAGGCCAGAUCGGAACGGAAGCCAUUUUGACACGUUGUAUUGCACAAGCUUGAGAGUUAUAGUAGAAAGUGAUGAUCAAGUUGAGAUUUCAUUCACGAAGAGAUGGGAUCGCUCGCUUGAUGGAGAAGUGCCUCUCAAUAUCGACAAAAGGUAUAUUCUCCUGCGCGGAUCUUCUGGUUUCUACACUUACUCGAUAUUCGAGCAUAUGGAAGGAUGGCCUGAUCUCAACAUAGACGAAGCAAGAAUCGCCUUCAAGCUUCACCAAGACAUGUUUCAUUACAUGGUAAUAUCAGACAACAAGCAGAGGAUCAUGCCAUCUGACAAUGACAGAAGAGUAGGGGAUACGCUUGAUUACCGGGAAGCUGUUCUGAUAACGCAUUCGAGCAACCCUCGACUAAGAGGAGAGGUGGAUGACAAGUACCAGUACUCGUGUAAUAACGAAGAUAACCACGUGCAUGGCUGGAUCAGCUCUACAGACCAGCACGUUGGAUUUUGGGUGGUGAUGCCAGGUGAUGAAUUCAGAGGCGGCGGCCCUGUCAAACAAGACCUCACAUCACAUGCCGGCCCAACUUCCUUAGCUACGUUUUUCAGUGCACAUUAUGCUGGUGUUAACUAUGGAGUUAGAUUGCGCAAUGGAGAGCAUUGGAAGAAGGUGUUCGGCCCUAUUUUCGUUUACCUCAACUCAGAUCGCAACAAUAACUCUACUGCCAUUUGGGAAGAUGCCAAGAGACAGACAGUAAAAGAGAGGAAGAAAUGGCCUUAUGAUUUCCCACAAUCACCAAAUUUUCCAGAUGCCAAUCAACGCGGUGCAAUCCGCGGGCGUCUGCGAGUACAAGAUAAGGAAACCGCGGUAGCAAAAUCAGCAUAUGUGGGAUUGGCCCCACCCGGAGAUGUAGGAUCUUGGCAAGAUGACUCUAAGGGCUAUCAAUUUUGGACACGAACAGACGACAGAGGCUACUUCAGUAUAAAAGGUGUUAGACCAGGCACAUACAACUUGUACGCUUGGGUUCCGGGUGUCAUUGGAGACUACAAAUACCACGGCGAUAUUACAAUCCGACCAGGUGAGCAAGUUCAAAUAGGCGAUGCUGUGUACACUAGUCCUAGAAACGGACCAACGCUCUGGGAAAUCGGGAUCCCUGAUCGCACUGCAGCCGAGUUCUAUGUCCCGGAUCCAAACCCUCUCCUAGUAAACAAAAUAUUCAUCAACCACCCAGAAAAGUACAGGCAAUAUGGCCUGUGGAACAGAUACACAGAUUUGUAUCCUCAUCACGAUCUCGUUUACACUGUUGGAGCCAGCGAUUAUCGCAAAGACUGGUUUUUCGCCCAUGUAAACAGGCAUGUGAAUAAUGAGUAUGUCCCAACAACAUGGCAAAUUGUAUUCAACUUAGGAAAGGUGGCGAGGAGAGGAAAUUACACGCUGAGGAUUGCGUUGGCAUCUUCGAGUUUAGCAGAAAUACAAGUACGGAUCAACAACAACAACAACAACCAACGGUCUCAUUUCUCAACGGGGAGGAUUGGGAGAGACAACGCGAUUGCGAGGCAUGGGAUACAUGGGCUUUACAAACCGUACAGUGUAACGAUAUCGGGGUGUCUGUUGGUUGAAGGAAGAAAUACAAUAUAUCUGAGGCAAUCGCGAGGUGGAAACCCGUUCACCGGUGUUCUGUACGACUACAUUCGCCUAGAAGGCCCGUGAUACGAGCAUAUCUUCAAUAAUAUCCCCAUAUCUUUAUUAAUUAGUUAGUUAUUGAUUUACCAUAUCUUCUCAUAUUUAUUAGGAUUAUUUUCUUGUUCCUUAAGUUAGGGUAUCCACUAUUAUAAAUAGUUGACAUUGUUAUUCAUUUCAA